GGUGUGUCCAGAACCAGUUCCACCGACUGAAAGAAGGACGAACCGGAUAAAAAAGAAGAAAUAACACCGGACACAUCCCGGGAAAUAAGCGGGUCAGACAGACACCAGAGGAGGAGACAAACACACAUCUGUAGCGCGUGAGGAGACAGAGGUGUGCGGCUGCAGCUCGAGGACGGACGCGGUGUGUGUGUGUCUGACAGAAAUGGGAUUGUGGUUCUCCUGAUAGCAACAGAACAGCAGUGGAACCUGGCCGACCUGCGGACCUGAGGGAGGACAGGCACAGGGCACAGACAUGGCCCACGUAGGCAACGGAGCGACCGCAGAGGAGGAGGACUGCUUUGAAGAUGCCUACGACCGGAUCCCAGCGGCGUGUCAGAUGGAUCUGCAGACAGCCAUCCAGGAGACUCAGUGUGCUCUCAAUCUGGUCCUCAACAACAAGUUCUCUGAAGCCCUGGACCUCCUCAAACCAUGGUGGAAGGACAGUAUGUACCAUGCGUUGGGUUACAGCAGCAUCCUGGUGAUGCAGGCGACCAUGACGUUCGAACACAGAGACAUCCAGACUGCCAUGGCAACCAUCAAGGAGGCGUUACACACCUGUCAAAGGUUCAGGAAGAAGAACUCGAUGGUUGGAUCUCUGUCCAGUCUGAUCAGCAAGCAGUCCAACCUGCAAGAAGAGGAGAUGCAUGCAGAGAUCUGCUACGCUGAGUGUCUCCUGCAGAAAGCCACACUGACAUUUGUACAGGAUGAGAACAUGAUCAGUUUUAUCAAAGGAGGCAUCAAGAUUCGAACAAGCUACCAAAUCUACAAGGAUUGUCAGAACGUGAUGAAUGUCACUCAGAAUCUGGCCGGCCAGUCUGAUGCGUUCAAACAGUUUGAGGGCGGAGUCAAGCUGGGCAUCGGGUCCUUCAACCUGAUGUUGUCUCUCCUCCCUCAGAGGAUCCUGAGGUUGUUGGAGUUCAUUGGAUUCUCAGGAAACAGGGACUUUGGUUUGUCUCAGUUGAGGGAGGGGGCCUCCAGUCAGAGUUUGCGGUCGAUCCUCUCCGCUCUGACUUUGCUCUUUUACCACACAUAUGUUUCACUGAUACUUGGAACUGGGGAGGGGAACCUGGUGGAGGCUGAAGCUCUGCUAGAGCCAUACCAACACAAAUACCCCAAAGGCUCCAUUAUUCUCUUCUACUCCGCUCGCAUCGCCACACUGCGAGGAAACUUCGAAAAGGCCCGGGCCAGGUACGAGGAGUGUAUCAGCAGCCAGCAGGAGUGGAAGCAGAUCCACCACCUGUGUUACUGGGAGCUGAUGUGGACCCACUCCUACCAACAGGAGUGGCAGCAGGCGUACCGCUACGCCGACCUGCUGUGCAAGGAGAGCCGCUGGUCCAAGGCGAUCUACGUGUACCAGAAGGCAGCCAUCCUCAGCAUGAUGUCAGAAGAGGAAGUGAAGAAGACGGGCGAGGACAUUGUUGAGCUCUUUAGGCAGGUGGAGGGGUUGAAACAGCGCCUGGCGGGGAAGUCGAUCCCCACGGAGAAAUUUGCAGUGAGGAAGUCCAGACGCUACAAAGCCGCUAACCUCAUCCCCCUGGUCGUCCCCGCACUGGAGAUGAUGUACGUUUGGAACGGUUUCACCAUCGUAGGGAAGAGCGCCGACUCCACCGAGGCCCUGCUGGUCACCAUCGAGGCGGCUGAGGAGCGGCUACGCAACGACCCCAGCCCAUCAGAGUUUCAUCCAGACGACAGCUGUCUGGUCCAGAUGUUGAAGGGCCUCUGUCUGAAACACCUGGGCAGGUUACUACAGGCUGAGCUCUGCUUCACACAGGUCUUGUCCAGUGAGAGUCGUAUCAGAUAUGAUCACUACUUGAUUCCCUUCACUCUCUAUGAGUUGGGUCUGCUGUAUAAGCAACAGGGAGACUUCACCAAGGCCACCACCUACAUUGAAAAUGCCAAGACAAACUACAAGGACUACUCCAUGGAGUCCAGACUGCACUUCAGGAUCCACGCGGCCCUCAACAGCCUCAAAGGAUCCCCUGUCGGCACUCCGUAACACUCCCAACACCAGUCAAGCUGCAGCUGGAAACAACAGCGUAUGAAGCAUGAAUUCAGGGGUCACCCCCCCCCCCCCCCCCCCCCCCGAGAGUUCAGCUGAAGUGAACGAAUCCGUUGUGACUGCCUCGUAAAGAAGGAGCUUAGGUGUGUUUGUGGGGUUUUGAGAUCACGUGUCCACAUGGACUCGGUUUUUCUUCAUCGCUAGCAUCCUUUAUUUUAUGUUAUAUUAUUUUUUCCUUAUUUAUUUUUUCAAUAGCCUUGAAAUAUGAGAUUAUUUAAGCUUGUACCUCCUCUCAAACGGUACUUCCCAUUAGCAUCUGCCAGAGGUUUUACCGGUGGAUGCGGAGCCAUAGUUCAUGGUUCUGACAUCUGUUACUAGGAAACAAAUCAUGGCCUUAAACUAAAGUUGCAGCUCAUCCGAAUGCUCUCGUUGAAUACGUGUAUUUCUAGGAAAGAAUCAUAAAUACUGAUGGAUGUCAGGUUGUUAACUGUGUACUGAUGCAGCAGGGAGAGGUGUGUGUGUGUUGGGACACACAGGAUUCAUGCUUUAUAUUUCCUUCAGUUGACAAUGCAUCAUGCCACAUGUGCACACGGUACACAGCUGUGUCCGUGCACACACAAACCACAGCCUUCUCACCAACCGUGGCUUAUGCAAACACACACACAUACAGUACACACACAGAUUAAUACACACAAACAGCUGUAAACGCACACAUUUAGCAGCAAUAUAGAAGAACUCGUGCUGUUACUUCUCAGUCAUCGUGUCGGUCGAUGUCCAUGUCGUAGUUCUCGUGUUUCUCAGAGGCAGAGCAGCUUUUCAGGCAUCUACAGCAUGAUUCCCAGAUGCUACUUCCACAUCUGGACCGGGAUAACAGCCAGAAUCUGCUGUCAGUCACCCAAAGUCGAUGACAAUAUUCCUGGUUCUGUUCUGCAUUAAUUUAGAUCUUUUUAUUCCUGAGCGCUGGCGACAGUCAGAGCGGCAGCCAUAUUGUUUUUAGGUUGUCCGUCCAUCCGUCUCAUUCUCGUGGACUCGAUAUCUCGGUAACGCUUUCACCGAACUCGGCACGAACAUUCACUAGGACUCGAGGUUGAACUGAUUAGAUUUUGGUGGUCAAAGGUCAAAGGUCACGGUGACCUCACAAAACACUUUUAAAGCAUAACACAAGACAAACUCACAUUAAUGGUUCAUAUUUUAUGUGACUCUGGAUAAACAGGGAUGUAAUGAACAACUGGUCUGAGUGACAGAGGCAGACGACCAUGAUACUGUCCAUCCGAUGUAAUGGUAAAUCUGUAGAGGACUCCGCCACUAAUCCCAAAGGUCAACGCUGUCGAGACAGUUUUCUGUUGGUCAACCGCACAAAUAUUCAUGUCAAAGUUCACCACAUCUGAACUGCUCAGUUAUUACCCGGCCCGAGGACUGUGGUUCUGUCUUGGCUGAAAGAGAUGAUUUCUUCACACAAAGCAGCUCUGUCUUUGAGAAAUGUCUGCACCACUAAAACUACACUCAGUCUGCGUUUGCUCAACCUACUGUUGACAAAGUCAAUAAAAGAACUGAAGGCUUUAGAUUCAUCUCGAUGGUCGUCCUGUUUCGAGCUUCUCACGUUGUUACUGUUGUAGACGUGUGGCUUUGGCCAACUUCUUUUUUUUUUUUUUAAUAUUAAGUAGUAUUCUAGUAUAUACAGUAAAUUAUGUAGAUCACCAAUAUACAUGAAGAGCAGUUUUAAUAUCUAUUUAUGUACUGGUGAAUAAAAAAGAAGCACAAUCGAUGACAUCCAAUCCCCACUACCAAUAUUAAAAAGAAUAAAAAUGUCUAAAGAGCUUCAAGAAAUGUUUUUCAUGACCUGUCCUCAUUUGGCUUCGAGUAGUUUGAUACUAUUUACUAUGAUGUAUAUUUACCAAAAAGGUUCAGUGGUUUUAUACUAGGUGGGAAACUUUCAUCUCUUUCCCCCAGAGUAUUGUUACAGAUCAAGUUGAAAUCAAUACGUCCGAUAGAACUGUUUUUACCGAUGAUUUGACGAGUUCUGUCGUACGGUCCCAAACAACAAAUAACAGCAGCAGUCAACUUUGCUUCCACUUUAAACAUCGGGCUGAGCACCAUUUUUCCCGUAGGUUCGAGUCCAGGGUUAGGGUUCGGGGGUGUCGAGUCCAACUUGAAUAAAAGCAACAGCGGUGAAAGUUAGCCUUCUCCCUAUAAUGAAUGUAUGAAUCUGAAGACCAAAGUAUAUCUGUGUCUUGCUGUCUUUUGUUUGCUGAGUGUGUAUUUUGUGCCUAUCGGUGUUUGGGUGUAAUUUCCUUCAUGUCUUGGUGUGAUCUGAAACUUUUCUUCCAAGCAAUUUAAUUUGCAAAGUGCUGCAAAUAAUCAGGAGCUUGUUACAGAUAAAGUCACUUUAUUGAGUUUUACUCAAAAGACCUCAGUCCUGUAUCUAAGAAAGAGGCAAUAAGUACUAUCGUACGAUGUCUGAUCAACUGCUAAUGCUAGGAAACUCCCAGCAGAGUUUUUAGCUAACGUUGAUAAAGGUUCAGGAAAAACAAAAUUUGACUCAGUGUAAAGAUUAAAGGUGAAGCAACAUUUGUUUAUAUGAUCGGUUGAUCAGUUAGCUCUUAAAUGAUAAGACAAGACACCAAAAUCCUCCAUGUGCAAUAAUACAUUGAUUUAACAAGAGUAUAUGCUAAUUUAGCGCCAGACCCCUAGCUUAAACUAUAGUGUUAGCAUGUUGCCUGUCAUCACUAAUCAUAACAUAGCAUGCCAAUAUUUUCAUCUUGUGUCAAAGAAUAUGAUGAAAUAUUAACACAGUGUGUUACUGUCAAUAUGUUAGCAUGGUAUUAGCCCCAGUUCGUCUCUCAUGCGUUAUUACCAAAAAUCUGAAUCUGUUGAUCUUUCAAAAACCAAGGGAAUCUUUUAAUAACACUUGCUGCAUUUUCAAGGUAUUUCCAGAAUCAUAGAAAACUCUUCUGUCCUUCUGAAUAAAAAAAAUAAUCCGCCAACCACAUACAACAAAAGAUUUUUAACCCAAUUCCCACGUUGCUGCUCAAUGUAGGCAAAAUGGUAGCCAGAGAUUUAUUUAUUGCAACAAAAUAGAGAUACAAACACAUUAUUGUAAAUGCAACUAGAAAAUAAACAAAUAUAAUAUAGACACAUUUUUCAUUUGUGUCUUAAUUGAGCAAGAUAGAGGUUAAGUUAUUCGUUUGUUAAGAAGUGGAGU